AUGGGUAGUUCUAUCGUCGAGUCUCUGAAAUCAAACUGUGUUGUCGUCUGUACUCGUAGCGCUGUCAGGCCUGAAAAAAUCAGGUUGAGGAAUAAUCUCAAGCAGCAAAGAGAGCUGCGGAUGAUUUGUUGGCAAUUAGUUCAAACUUACAAUGUACGAACACCGCUGGGUGAUAUGGACACUAAAAUUCUCCUAAAAGGAAUACGCACGACCAACCUAUCGACAUCGCCUCACUUAGCAAGAUUUUAA